CUAUUUUUGAUGCGCUUUCGUUUGGUAUAAAAUUCAUUAAUUACUCUAUUUGAAAUUAUAGCGGUAUCUCCCUGGCAAAAUAUUAUUUCCAACCCUGUAUGUAUGUUGCAGUAGAAAUUAAAAUUUCAUUCUCUACUAGUAGAAAAUGAAAUAUUAGCUAUGAAAGAAUGUCAUAGAAAAGUUUACGAAGAACAUUCUUUGUUUUUUUUAUUCUGUUAAAAGACGACGGUUAAUUAAGUUUUAAUGAUUUAUAUACUUAGAUAGAAUCUAUCUACAGUAUAAUUGCAAAUGGAGAUACUCCAUCAGAUCGAGUCUCUCUCUCUCUCACACAAAUAAUCUUUUUCUUUUUCUACAGUGAAAGAAACUUUAAAAACACAUAAAUUAGACUCGUGGUUCUAUCAUGCUUUGUUCAACAUGGCAAUCAAAAAUUCUUUCACUAAAUAUAUCUUUUGGAAGAACAGAGUGUGGUCGAUUUACUUUGAAAAAACUUCACCUUAAACUAUCUUAGAAGCCUAAAUAUCAAAACCUGUAAGGUGACCUACAUGAUUUUCAUGACAAAGCCGCGUAUUUCGUAAUUACCCCAGUCAGUCAACAAUAGAGAAAAAACUCGUUUUUACGCGUUGAAAUGUGCGCUUUUAACGUUUUGUAACGCGUUUUCCAGCAAAAAACGACUUUUAAACGCUUGAGCAACGCAUAUAAACGCGUUUUUUUCACUUAAAAGACAAAAUAUCGCGUUUAUACAUGUUAGAAUGUGCGCUUUUACCGUUUUUCGAAGCGUUUUCAAGCGAAAAAAAACGUUAAAAUAAUGCGUUUAAACGCGUUUUUUUUCCGAUCUUGACUGCCUGGGACGUAGCACAAAAAAUGACAUUGAAUGAAAUAUUUUUAGUGUAUUUGUGUCAGGUUUUGAUAGCCUAUGAUUAGUUUUGUUGUUGAGUCUAAUAGAGCGCGAAAUUCUAUAGACACUGAUUUACUUUAAGACUAUGAAACAUGUCAACCCAAUACGAGUCUAAUCAAUCUUUUGGAGAACUGCAUAAUACUCAACAACAACAGUGAAUUUAAGCUUAAGACAAGAUAACUCUAUCAUAGGCAUGCAAAGAGACAUUAAACUUCUAUUAGGUUGACGUCUUUAAUAGUCUCAAAACACAUCAUUUUCUAGAUAAUUGAGCGCUCUAUCACACUCAAUGGAAAAACCAAUUAUGGACUCUCAAAGCCUGAUACAAAUACACUAAAAAUAUUUGAUCCGAAGUCAUUUUUUGUGCUACAUAACUACAAAAUACGUAGCUUUUUCAUGAAAAUCAUGUAGAUCACCUCAUAGGUUUCGGAAUUUACACUUUUAAGAUAAUUUAAGAUGAAGAUUUUUCAAAGUGAAUUAAUCUAGUGUGUCGAGCAUAUUCUGCUCUUUCAUAGGAUACAUGUAGAAAAUAAAUGCUUGUCGUGUUGAAAAAAGCAUAAAAGAACAUGAGCUUACUUUAUGUGUUUUUAAACUUUUUCUACGAAAGAAAAAGGAAAAGGUUAUUUGUGAGAGAGAGAGGCUCGAUUCUACAGAGUAUCUUCAUAGUCAUUUUUCCUGUUCAUAGAUUCUACCUAAGUAUAUAAAUCAUUAAAACUUUCUUAGUUCUUGUCUUUCAACUGAAUAAAAAACAAAGAAUGUUCUUCUUAAAUUCUUUUUCUACUAUUUUAUAUAAAGCGUUUGCUAAAUAAAACUUUUAGAUAUAAUUUAAAGAAAGACUAGCUACAAUACAAAAUAAUUGAUUACAAAAGAAGCCCAUCUUCAAACUUGUCACUUGCAAAGUAAAUUAGUUCUGUGUACAUUAGUGAGAAACUAUUUAUAUGGUUCAAUAACUUCAGAAUGAAAACACAGAAAAUAAUUUAUAAAAACAAAAAAAAAAGAAACAUUUUCAGAAGAUAGAUUCAUAUGAUUAAUGAAUCAAUUAACAAAUAGAGUUAACAGAUAAAAAUGACUGAAUAAUAAUAUUAUCUAUAAAUAGAUUCUAUGAGUUAAUACAAUAAUGUAUUUUAUCUAACAAAAUAUGUGCUAGAUUUUCUAUUUCAUUGAUAUAUAAGAUUAAUCUUAUGAAUAUUUCUUAUGUUUAAUAUGAUCGAUAGAUGAUCAGAUUAACAAUGAUGAUUGAUUAAAGUAAUAUUGUUAUAUAAUUAAAUAUUUAUUUGUAAAUAGAAUUGUUUGAAUUGAUCAUUGAAUUUCCUGCUGAAAGUUUAAAUAGUGGAAAAAGUGUUAUGAUUGAAAGAAUUAAUUCAAAUGAAGAAAAAAAAAUAUCAGGAAAUUUUGAAGAUCUUUACAAUAUUGAACAUCUAAAUGAAUCUGCCGAAACAAAAUUUGUUCAUAUUAAAGUUCCGCAAGAAUUAAUCGAAGGAGGAAAAACAAUUGUUAUUAAUAAAAAUAAUGUAUAUAUUAAAAAUAGUAUUGAUUAUUACAAAGAAGCAGCACAUCAUUUAGGGAAUAAUGCAUUUUCUAAACGAGAUCAUCUUCAAUCAAAAAAUAUGAUGAAAAUGAUAAUAGCACUUCCACCAGAACUUUUUUGUAAUGACCAUAAAAUAAUAUUUCGAAAAGAAGAUUCUCAAACAAUGGCUGCUAAUUCUCCUUAUCAUCGUCAAUCUAAACACGAUAUACAAUUAAUACGUCGAGAUAGUUUAAGUCAUGAUCAAAAACAUUUUUUAGACGAAUUUUUUUCAAAUCGAAUAUGGCAUCCGAAGUUAUCGCAUGAUGCUCGUUUACUUAAAUUAUCUCUUGAUUUAAAUAAUCAACCAAAUAUACGAAAUCAAGAUCAAAUUAAAUUAAUUAUUGAUCAACAAAAUAUACGUGUCGAAAUAAAGAAUAAAGAAGAUUUUAAUAUAUAUCAAGAAAUUCUUGUACCUGAUAUCAUUAAAUUAGAUCAACUUAAAUAUGAAUUUGAUGAAAAAAAUCUUUAUUUUAAUAUAAUGAUUCCUCUUCAAUGA